AUGGCGGAUCUGAGGGACGAACGAGUGCUGCGGAUGACCUACCUCAACAUGCUCUUCGACUGGGACGGAUCGGACGCCACGAAAGUCCACGAACCGUUGAGCCACCAGCUGGGCUACCUGUUUGUCGCUUUCCUGGUUCUGGUGGGCGCGUUCGUGGUGUGGCGCGUCUGGAACAGGCGGAGGAAGGCCAAGAAGGCGCGCCCGCUCCCCUACCGCGUCGUGAAACCUCCGUCCAGCCUCGCCGGCGACAGCAGGGACCCCGGUAAAAGAGUCGUGGCCGUCGUCGGUGGCACCGGCUUCGUUGGGUCGUGGAUCGUAGACGAGCUCGUUCGUCGUAGCGACUGUUACGUGUACGUAUUGGGGAGGACGUUUCGCCCCGAGCGGACCAACCCAGAGGCGGACGCGCUCAUCCAGGUGGACUUGGAGGACGACGAGGGUCUGGAGAGGGCGUUCAACGGCGUGGAUUCCGUCAUAGACGCGGCCGCAGUCUUGCCUAACGCGUUCUCCAACGCGGCGGACGUGUGGCGUGUCAACAAACAGUGCCUCGAGCACUUGGUGAAGGCCGCGCAGAGAGCCGGAGUGAAAAACUUUGCCUUUCUGUGCGGGAUGCAUUUGGAAGGGAGGCCUCGAGACCCCGUCGCACGAGCGUUUGUGAACGCCUUUGCCUGGGGGGAGGAAUUUGUUAGUUCGGCCAACAGAAAUAACGGAAUGAGGACAUGUGUCGUGUCUCCAGCUCAGAUUGUGGGUCUAAGACAGGCUUUCUACGAGCAGAUGUUAUCGGGGAAAAUGACCUCUUUCCCCAAAGCGAAACACCGAGCUUCGUUCUUACCGGUGGAGUAUGUUGCCCGUGCCAUUGCAAAUGCCGAACGAAAACUUUCUGCAGGUUCUGAUAAAGUAUGUGGAAAAAUCCUCCCCCUUGUUGGCGACGUAAUGACAAUGGAAAAAUUCACAUCGUUGCCUGCCUGGCCGCACGAAAUCAAAGAUAUGUCUCUCCGUUUUCUCGAGAUGCUGGCACGGUUCAAUAGCUUCUGUGCUAAGUGGUUUGGUAGACCUCCAUUUGGUCGAGAGCUUUGCCCUGCAAUUGUGACUUUCUUUGACAAUGCCGAGGAAGACGUUGAUUGCAGUGAAACGUAUGAGGCACUUGAGGUGGGGCCCCCUCCCCCAAUUAACGAUUACCUGGUCAAGAUGGUUGAAGAGUAUCAGAAGAAGAUAAAAUAAUGGUGUCGAGCAGAAGAACAAAUGACAGUGUGUGCAUAAUGGCUGUGUUAUAGCAGUAGUUGUUGAUUUUUACUUGGUGUCUGAAUUUUACGGAUAGCAAACUUUCUCAAGUAGUACAUAUAUAUACAAAUUGUAUAUAGCAAUGUGUGUGUGUUUGCAUGUUGUGAAAGGUUUAUGCU